AUGAGAUCGCCGCCGCUUGUUCCACUAUCUCUCCUCCCUUGCUCCAGAGAAAACACCAUGGAGGUUGUGUACAAAAAAGUUGACGACUACGUGGAUUCGUUGGCGCCCCAGAUCGAGCCCCGGAUCGCGUCCGAGAUCGACGUGUUUCAACAGAAGACAAUCGACAGUCUCGAGGCGCAAGUCGUCGAUGCAUUCCGCUCCCUAUUCAGCAAAGACCACGACCAUGGCCCAAAUGGCCCACGAGAUAUGAAUAAUUCGGCCCCAGAUGCCUACGGUGGCCAGUCCCUACCGUUCGCCGACGAAAUUGCCAAGUUGACGCAGAGCUUCAGCAAACUGUCAGACGAGGCUAGCGAUGAUUUGCGCGAUAUCUUUGAUCUCACCGACGGUCGUGGUGGAACGGGCGAUACACAGUCACGUGGCUUUGGAGCGAAAAGAGAAGCUGGUGGCGGCGGAGGAGCCAGAGGAUUCCUGACCCAAGCGCUCGGUGUUGUUCAAGAUCACCUGGACGAACGUCAAAGCGGCGGAGCAGGCGGCCAAAGCAUACAGCUCGAUGGUCUUCUUGGCGUCAUCAGCAACACGGUCAAAGACGCCUCUCGUAACCCCGAGGAAAAGGCGCGAAUGAUCAGCCCAGAAAUCAAGGAGAAGGUGGGCGCGAAGCUGCGGGAACAACAUUCGUCUAUCGCGGCGCAGUUCACUCGCAUUGCCUUGGAGCAUAUCAAGCGUUGGUUACGUGGCAACACAAGCUCGCGGGAUUUAGGUGAUGGCGCAAAGGCUGAGGUGGAGGAACACGUCAAGGAUAUUGUGAAAGGCAUUGGCGGUUUGUUUGGGAAAAAGAGUCACUCCAACGAAGAAUCGUCGCGCGGUAUGGGAGAGCGUGCUGAUGGACAAGGCAGUGAAGGCGGAGGUUUUUCUAGGGUCAUUAGUGACAAGUUGAGUACUGGAUUGGCCAAGGUACAUCGUGAGGUGCGUCUAGAGUUUCGCAGGAUCCUUGGAGCAAUCGAGAAACAACUGUUCGAGCUGCUCCCAGAUCAGUUUCAGCGCCCUUUGGAAAAACUCUUGGGAGGCAAUCCGUUCGAUGAUCAGCUUGAUCGCGAUGCCGGCUCACAACGGGACCGUGGUUUUGGCGAUGAUAUCAAGACUAAGCUUGUCAGUAAGCUGCGUGACCUUGUUCGAAAAGUGCAGGAGACAUUGCGAAAGAGCAUCCUGGGGGUCGUCAAUGGCGGCCAUCGUAAGUUUGAGCGUGAAAGCUGGGUCUUUGUACAAGACAUUGUAGAGAAGAAAGUUCAGAGAUACUUGCCCAACGUCAAGAUCUCAGUACCGGACGACAUCGGGGACGAAGGUGUAAGCGUCGGGGCACCCACAGCGGGCGCACAUCUUGGAAGCGGAAACAUCAAUGCUUCGUCUGCCCCAGUGCCGGGAGCAGGACAUGACCUUAACAACCACCAGCCGUCCCACGGUCAGUAUGGAGAGCCAAACAAUUCACAACAGCAUUACAAUCAACCGCCUCCGUCGCAGUAUCAAGACCACCAACCGCAGUACCAAACUCAGGUCCAAAGCCAUCAAUACUCGCAACAACCACAGUAUGGAUUGAACCAAUCGUAUGGCCAAGCUCCGAAUCAGGGUCACCCGCAGAGCCAGGGUUAUCAGCAACCUCCCCCGCAAAGUUACCAGCAGGCCCAUGAUAACCAACAGGGUCAAGGUCAUCAACCACAUCAAGGAUACGGGCAAUCACAAGGCUACUACCAGGGUAAUAAUUCUCGAUCGGACCGCGGUGAUUAUGAUGGACAAGGACCGCGAUAUUAA